UGCUUUUGUUUAUUCCUCGCUUUAGUCACCGGUCGCUAAACGCCUUCCUUGGUUAGCCUUCCUCGGAAUGAAUGACAGACCGAUGCGUGGGUGAAUCGGCGGGCUGCCCUCCGUUACUCAUCGGCUCUUCGCCGGUGCGCAUCGGACUCAACGUGCAGAACUCGCCCUGAGCUCGUCGCAGAAAAUGGAAAGUGCUCUCGGACGAGUGGCGAGAGUUUCCCAGAGCGCGGUUUCGGCAUUUUUAAACGACGCGGUUGAUACCUGCAGGUUAGCUCGAAGUACUUGACGCGAUGCAGAGGAUUUCAUGUGACACUCAUCCACUCACUGGAUGUUUCUACUAGAUAACGUAGGCCGUUAGACUGGCUUUACACUUCAUCCACCACGUUGUGUGUUUACACAAGAAGCCACACGUUACACUGCCGGUCAGAAGAUUAAACCAACACUGUCCCAACUGUCACAGCCACCACCGCCAUCAUGCCCGUUGAGGAUAAACCAUCACAUCAGACCCGCCAGAGGAAAAAGAACAAAAAGUCCCGCUCCAAGGGGAAGAGCCCCAGUGGCAGUCCUGGUGCCCACUUGGGAGGCACAUUAGACCGCCAGGAUGACCUCAUCUUACCCCCCGCCCUCCAGCCGCCUCCUAAAAAGCGGGCAGAGGAGAGGCCGAAAGUGUCAGUGGCUAAGUUGGUGGAGGAGUCGUCCAUAGCUAUCUGUCUUCAGGUGCUUUUUCCCUACCUGCUGGCUGGGAUGGGCAUGGUGAUGGCCGGCAUGGUGCUGGACAGUGUUCAGCACUGGGAGGUGUUUAAGGUGAUAACAGAGAUUUUCAUCCUGGUGCCUGCGCUGGUUGGACUCAAAGGAAACCUGGAGAUGACCCUGGCCGCUCGCCUCUCCACUGCUGCCAACACAGGCCAAAUGGACGACCCUGAUAAACAAUGGACCAUGGUGUGCAGCAAUCUGGCACUAAUACAGGUUCAGGCCACAGUGGUGGGCUUCCUCGCAGCGUUGGCCGCCGUGUGUUUAGGAGCACUUUCCAGAGGAGGUGUUGAACUGGACCAGGCAGCUGUUUUGUGUGCCAGCAGCAUCACCACUGCCUUUGUAGCUGCUCUCUCUUUAGGCCUGGUGAUGAUUGGAGUGAUCAUCGGCUCCAGGAAGGUGGGGAUCAACCCUGACAAUGUGGCCACCCCCAUCGCUGCAAGUCUGGGGGACUUGAUCACACUGUCCCUGUUGGCCGGGGUCAGCAGCACGCUCUACGAGUAUAUAGAUAUAUGGUACCUGUCCCCCCUGGUGUGUCUGGUCUUCUUGGCUCUGAUCCCACUCUGGGUGGUGGUGGCUCGACAGAGCCCUCAGAUCAGGGAGGUUCUCCGCUCAGGGUGGCAGCCUGUUAUAGUAGCCAUGUCUAUUAGCAGUUUUGGAGGCCUUAUACUGGACAAGACAGUGAGUGAUCCUAACUUUGAGGGCAUAGCUGUCUUUACACCCGUCAUUAACGGAGUGGGUGGUAACUUGGUGGCCAUCCAGGCCAGCAGGAUCUCAACCUACCUGCACUUUUGGAGCAUCCCAGGUGUGCUGCCCUAUAAGAUGAGGCAGCACUGGCCCAAUCCCUGUAUUACCUUCUUCUCUUCAGGGGUGAACUCCAAGUCGGCACGCGUGUUGCUGAUGCUGGUUAUCCCUGGUCACCUGGUCUUCCUCUACGCCAUCUCUCUGCUGCAGGGAGAGGAGGCACCCAUCACUAUAGCCUUCACCAUCUGCUACCUAUGUGCUGCUCUGUUACAGGUGGCUAUCCUCCUUUAUGUUGCCGACCUCAUCGUCCGUUUGAUGUGGAGAAGGAGUCUGGACCCUGACAACUUCUCCAUCCCCUACCUGACUGCCCUUGGGGACCUGCUGGGCACUGGCUUCCUGGCCCUGUGCUUCCGCUGCGUCGCGCUAGCUCAGAGCCUGGGUCUAUAAAUUUUUCCCCUUUACCCUGAAUUCUUAGCCAGCCACUGUCUUGUUGCACCAAUUUUGUUUCCACAGAUAUGCUUUUAAUUGGAUUUUCAUAAAGCAUUUUCUGAUCUUUAUUGCUGGGCCAGUUCAUACCAAGGAAUUUGUCUUUGUCACAAAUUCAAACCUUUACGCUGGUGGAGACAGCACAUCUGACACCCACCCAUUUACAUCUGGGUGUAGGGUUAGCUGCCUAUAACAAGUCAAGCCCUCAGCUGGAUGUAAUUCUUUUAUUUGAGUGCAGAAGACUUUAAAGUAUUUAGAAGUUUUACUUGGUUGUCCUUCAGAACCUUUACCACAAUAUAUUGAACUUUAGUUUAAAAUCAUUCCUCUUUAUCAGUCUGUCAUUUCAUUUUCCUGCACUUACGAGAUUUGAGUUUGGUGGCUGUGUGCUCACCUCAUCGUCUCUUUGGCUUUAUCAGAGGAAUAUGUAGCAGCUUUACAUCAUAGCAGCAUGACAUUAUGACAGCAUAUCAACUGUGUAGGCCAGUAGAAAAGUUUUUCAACGGCCUUUACUUUGCACAAUUGGUGCGUUUGUGGAAAUCAGUUUGUACUUGAAUAGAACAAACAGACUUAAAGCAGUCUGGGCGGCUUUACUAUGCAUCAAUAUAUGAGUUUGGAACCAUCAUUACUUAUUUAGAACGAAAGGGAUAGAUGUUGUUUUCAUGCACAUCAGGCUAAAUACCUGUAACACAGGAGAAUAUUUCAUCAUCACAUGAAAAAACUGAAUCUCCAUUAUAAUCCAUAUAAUGUACUGUGCAUAUUAAUAAUGUAAUGUGUAGUCUGAUAACCAAAAUAACCCCAAAUUUCUAAAGGUUUUCUCGUAAUUAAUUUUUAAGACAUUUUUAGACACCGUUGUAACAGAGUCUGACAAACAGAGAGCCUGAGGUAUUUUCAUGGCCAAAGCCAAAGCACAUGGCUGCACGGUGGAAACAGCCUCAUUAGUAGUUGUGGUUGGAGUUUUUAUCAGUCAUGAACAAUGGAAUCCCAUCUUCCCUCGCGGCUUCAUGAUGCAGGGGACAGUGCGAAGCGGCUCCACCUCAAGCACUUCUUGCAAACAGUGACGGAUGUGUAGGAGGUGCAGAU